CGCCAAGACGACGCCCACCACCGCCACCACCACUCCAAGAAGAAAUGUUUCAAAAUCAACAAGAAACAGUGCAACCUAAAACAAAUUCUAAAUCUCGAUAUUCUGGCGGUGUCUCUCCAACUCCUGGUAAAAAGGUGAAAAAGAAUAACGAAACUCCAGCAAAAUAUAAUGAGAAACCAAUUCCAGCUACAACUUCAACACCAGGCAAAAGUGCAAAACCAGCAAAGACUAAAAACAAUCAAGUUCCUAAAGAAAAGAAAAUAGCCAAAACAACACCAAAACCAAUUGUCAAGCCGAAGAUUGCGAAUAAAUCCAAACCAAAGCCAUAUGUAAAAUCAAAAGCUGUCAACCAUGAAAAAAAUGCAGCUAACACAUUGGAAUUAGGCGAAAGUCCUAAAGAAGCCUUGAAUGCAGAAGCAGGUUUAGAAUUUCAAGCUCUUAUUAGUGGUGGUGCAGAUGCAGCACACGAACAUGGACAUGGUCAUGAGCAUGCUCCAAAUGAUCAUAGCCACGCACAUGCGCACACGCACCAAGAACCUCAUGAACCAAAACCAGCCAAUGGUAAUAAUGGUCCUCCUCCAGAAAUGCAAGCGAAAUUUUCAUCAAUGUUUAACGCUUGGUAUAAUGCAAAGUUUGGAGCUGAUACACCCACGACAACAGCUAAACCAACAGCUAAACCUGUACAGACAAAACAACCGUCUAAGAAGUACACUUCAAAAAAGAGACCUGGACCAGUUACAAAGUCUGUAGACAAAACUGCAUUGUUUGAAGGUAAUAAAUAAAUGGAAAAAAUAGGAUUUA